UGAAAGCAGUUUGGGAUACCAAUCUAGCUGGAUGUGUCGUUACCGUUUCAGACUUAGUGCCGUAAAUCUUCCAAGCACUUUUUAUAGGCAACUGUAGGUGUUGUCAGUGUUUUAGUGUUAAGAACUAAACGGAAGUGAAAGUGGGAUAUUCGAGACACCGGCACAAUUCAUUUUGGAACAUGGGCUCCGAGAAAGUUAUCGAGGUUUUCACAUAUGAAAGUCUCGUACACGCUGUCGCUGGAGCUAUGGGGAGCGUGACGGCGAUGACGGUUUUCUUUCCAUUAGACACAGCCAGACUGCGGCUGCAAGUGGACGAGAAAAGAAAAGCCAGGUCCACACCUGCUGUUCUGGCCGAAAUCGUCAAAGAAGAGGGACUCCUGGCUCCCUACAGAGGGUGGUUCCCAGUCAUCUGCAGUCUGUGCUGCUCCAACUUCGUCUAUUUCUACUGCUUCCACAGCCUGAAGGCUGGCUGGCUGAGGGGUCAGAGGUCAACUCCAGGCCGAGACCUUAUCAUAGGCAUCGUUGCAGGUGUGGUAAACGUACUUGUUACCACUCCCCUGUGGGUGGUCAAUACCAGGCUGAAGCUUCAGGGGGCGAAGUUCCGGAACACGGACAUCCGCCCCACGCACUACACUGGCAUCACAGAUGCCUUUGCUCAGAUUGUGAAGGAGGAGGGGGUUGGGGCUCUGUGGAACGGGACCUUUCCCUCCCUGCUGCUGGUCCUGAAUCCUGCUGUCCAGUUCAUGAUCUAUGAGGGGCUCAAAAGGCAUCUUAGGAGAGGUGUGCAUAGAGAGCUGUCCUCCGUGGAGGUGUUUGUCAUUGGAGCCAUCGCCAAGGCGAUUGCCACUACUGUCACGUACCCCCUGCAGACCGUCCAGUCCAUCCUGAGGUUUGGUCAACACAGACAACAGCCUGACCGAUCUCGGCUUCUGAGCAGUCUGAGGAAUGUGAUGUACCUGCUGAUCAACAGAGUCAGGAAGUAUGGAGUUCUGGGAUUAUUCAAGGGCCUGGAGGCUAAACUCUUACAGACUGUGCUCACCGCUGCACUCAUGUUCCUCCUGUAUGAGAGAAUAGCCAGCAGCACCUUCAGAGUCAUGGGGGUGAAGAGGGCCAUGUCCAGCCACUAAUCCUGGCCUGGCCAAAGCAAUUACCUCAGCACAGCGUGCAAAGCCAUCCAGUAGGCCAGCAUGGAGGGCCGAGACACUUCCUUCAGCUUGUAUUUAUUUUUUAUUUGUUUGAUUUGUUCAAAGGUGUGUAUGGCUGAUCCAGGGACACUGUGAAUUUCCCUUGUUUUCUUCUGUUUUAAAAUGCUGACUCCAGAAAGACUGGGAAAGGAAAAUGGUCUUAACAUUCAAAAGCACAACUGUCAUCUGUUUUAACGCUCUACUCUUUGUCAUAGAGCUUGAAAACGGUUUCAGAUUUAAGUGUGCGUAUAAAUACCUUUGUUCUUGAGCAAAGUGGGAGCUGUAAUAUGAAGUAUCAAAGAAAUUGGCUAACAUAUUAAGUCUAAAUCAUUAUUAUUAGGUUUGAAGCACUGCACUGAAUGUUGACUGCAUGGGAAAAGUGAACUUUAUUCCAAAACCCCAAGUAUUUUCAAACUUAAUUCAUCAUAAAGUUGAUUUGCAUGAUAAAAUUUUGCAAUGGUUUACUUGCAAGCAGUUCAUUUAGAAACCUGUAUCCUCCU